AUGACGGUGAAAAACGUUGAGGCAACUGCCAACACGCCGGAGGAGCGGAGGCUUUAUACUCCCUCAGCCCAGGAAAACCGAGAAGGCGGCGACCUUGGGCACCGCAAUACCGAAGACGGAAGUCAAGCUAUUCUAAGUUCUAUCUUGCUUUACAUUAAAGCUGUCAGCCAAGUGAGCUACGGAGGUCGCCGCCUUCUCGGUUUUCCUGGGCUGAGGGAGUAUAAAGCCUCCGCUCCUCCGGCGUGUUGGCAGUUGCCUUUCAACGUCUCAACGCUCAACAUGGUUCGCGCACUGUUCACCGUCAUGGUCCUGGCCCUCGUGGUCGCCUUCGCCGCCGCCGGUCACUUCGGCGGAGGUGGAUUUGGCGGUGGAAAAUUCGGUGGAUUCAGUAGCGGAGGAUUCGGUGGAUUUGGAGGUGGACACAGAGGCUUCGGCGGGGGUUUCGGAGGAUUCAGAGGCGGACACGGAGGAUUCGGAGGCGGACACGGAGGAUUCGGAGGCGGAUUUGGAGGAUUCGGAGGCGGAUUUGGAGGAUUCGGAGGCGGAUUUGGAGGUGGAUUUGGUGGACACUCUGGUGGAUUUGGCGGUGGAAAAUCCGGUGGAUUCAGUGGCGGAGGAUUCGGUGGAUUUGGAGGUGGACACAGAGGCUUCGGCGGGGGUUUCGGAGGAUUCAGAGGCGGACACGGAGGAUUCGGAGGCGGAUUUGGAGGAUUCGGAGGCGGAUUUGGAGGAUAUGGCAGGUAAUCAAGGACUCGUGGUACAUUUUUUAAAUAUUUCAAUAAUAAAUUUGCUAUAAGAAGUUGAUCUUUUAAUCACUAAAUAGUUAUUAUCCCCACAACAGUUAAAA